UUUUAGCAAUAUAUCUUCUUUGUAUUAAGGUAGAAAAUAAUUCAUCAUAUUCUAUAUUGGUUUAAACAAAUUUGAAAAGUUACGUUUCAUGAACGAUCUAUUAAAUUAAGGAAAAUACCAGAAACAAAAAUCCCCACUGUUUAUUUAGUAGCUUUCAAUAAAAUGUGUAAUUUAUAAAAGCGUAUAAUAUGUUGUUGAGAACUAAUAAAUUCAAAAUCGCAAUCUACGUCUGGUAAUCUUAAUAAAUUGUUGAUCAAGAACCUAAUAUUCUUUAGUAAUAAUAAAUAAUUAAUGGAAUGUUGUGGGAUUUAGGAUAGAGAGUAUAGCCCUCUUACUACGCCUAAUGGUCUUCCAAAUAUACUUACAAAAAAUUCGGACAAACUUGAUGCAGUUACUCCAAACAGAAUUGCAAGAAGCCUUGUAAUGGACGAAACGCCCAGAACUCCUACACCAUUCAAAAAAGCUUUAGCAGAUCUCGAAAAGAAAUCAGGUCCUUUGAAAGCUAUACCAGACACUCCAACUCGUCUUGAAGAUAUUACUGAGAUUGUAAAGAAAGAACAAGAUGGGCUGCACUGUUCUGAUGCAUCCGACAGUGGCAUUAUGAUAACGAGCGAUAGUAAUUAUCACAGUAAAAGAAAAAAUGGCCCUAUAUUAGCAGCGGGAAAAGAAAACAUACUUCCAAACAAACGAGUACGUAAAGCUUUGGCUUGGAGUUCAACUACCACUCAAAUAAAUUCCUCGGAUAUCUCCUUCGCUGUAGAAACCCCUAGUAAAUCGUUGGGUGAAGAUAGCUUGUUUUCGACGCCCUCGUCAAUAAUGAAAGAAACUCUGGGUGUUGCUGGUUUGCUGGAGUUGACUCACAGUGCUUCAACUAAGGUACAAGAGUGGUAUCAUUUCGGCGAACGUAUAUUACCUCCUUAAUGUGUCCUAUCCGACUCUUUUUAACCUGACUCCUUCGCAAGGUUUACUUGUAUUUUUUAUUUUAUUUGCAUUUGUUUUGCACCGAAAUUUAUAUAAUGAUUUGUUACAUUAUUUUUUUAGUUUUCUAUGUUAUUU